AUGCGAUAUCUGUCGCCGCCCGACUCCCCUUCUUCGGGGAUUGACAGUGACCCGAGCGUCGCACCCCCUCCGGCGGCUCCUGCUGAGCUGUCUGAAGCGCAGAGUCACUACACGCGCCAGCGCUCUGACUGGCAGGCCCGGCUCGGCGUGGCUCCACAUGCUGCAGCUCCAGUCGCCCCAGCAUGUUCGAGCUUCGUGGCUGGAGGCGCGCUUCACUCGAUGAGCACGCAGAACAAAGCUGUGUUACUGCCUCCGUCUCUGUCCAGCGCUGCCGCCGCGAGCGCCGCCCUCGCCUCCGCGGCGUCGCCGCCUCCUGUCGCGCCGGGUCCCGCGGCAUCGUUGCCCCCCGUCGGGGUUCUCCAGACCCUCACGGGGCGGCCUGGCGCAGCGACCGCCGUCACGAGCUCCAGUGCGGCGGCGCUGGUCGCGAAGGCUUUCGGCAAAGGUGGAGGGAAUGCCAAGUUCGCGGCAGCGGCCGCCGCUGCGGAGAAGGCAGCUCAGGCUGUCGCCGCAGGGAGGUCGGGCGCAGGCUUCGCUCCAGACGCGCAGGUGGCGGGGGAGCCUGUGCAGAGGUUUUCUCACAUCAAGGUGAUGAAGGAGGGGACGUGCCUGGAGGUUUUUUGCCUGCCGGUCAUGUUCAAAAAGAUUGCUCCGCGCGAUCGGCUGAUUCUCGGUAGAGGCGAGCAAGCCGACGUCCACACAGAACACCCUAGCUGCUCGCGGCUUCACGCGGAGCUGCGAAGGGUGGAGGGGGCCGCCGGGUCGCGGUGUACGUACAGCCUGCGAGAUCUCGGCAGUGGCCAUGGGACACUUUUGAACGGCGGGAAAAUCGCCGCUGGCAAGGAGACAGAGCUCGAAGACGAAGACGAGAUCCAGUUUGGCUUCUCGCAGCGGCUGUACAUCUUCUUCUCGGGCAGGGACUCUCUGGAAGACACCUCUGAACCGCCUCCGGCAGCUCAGAGUGCCUGUCUUCCGCCGCGACUCAGCGGCGAUGUCGAGGGGCCCCGCGGGGCUCUUCCGCAUCGAGAAAUCGAGAACGACUCUCGCGGCGGCCCGCGCCAGGCCCCGCCUCGUGUGCCGCCUCCGCCGCCUCCUCCAGGAGGCCCUCACUUUCCUUUGCAUGCAAACGGGAAUUUUUCCCCACGCGGCAAGUCUGGCUGGCGGAGAGGCGAGUCGGGCUGGCGAGAGAGCGGCUGGGGGCCCAGAGGGAGCGAAGACGCGGGGGGCGGUCAAGGCAUAUCGUGGGCGAGCGACAACGGGACUCAGCAGGAUGGUCCUUUCUCGUCGCACGGGGGCGUAGAUACCGGCAUGCACGGAGGCUGGCAGCAGCCCUCAGCCCAUCCCCAGUGGCGGAACAGCGCAGGACAGCCGUACUACGACGGCGGAGGCGCGCAGCUCCGCCACGGCGGUAGCCCUUUCCCGAGCGCGCACUGGGGGGAGGAAGGACGCUGGAGCGGAGAGGGGCAGGGCGCUGGCGACGCGUACGGCGCGCUGCAGUCGUGUGCGAUGCAAGAAAGUGCAGCGGCGGGCGGGGGUGAGAGAGGCGCUCGCUCCGGAUGCUCCGGACGGGAAGAGGCGGCGCCUGACCUUCACAACUGGACGGCGGCAGCUUCUGCUUCGAAUUGGUCGUCUUUCUCUCCCGCCGCUUCGGCAAUGAGCCAGUACAACGCCGGUGGGUCGAAUGCGUUUUCCUCAACCCCGUCUCCGUAUUAUGCUGCAGCAGACGGUGGCGCACCCGCGCACGGCGACGGAUUUUUGCCGUUCUACGGAGAGCAGAGAGGAGGGAACGAGGCCUCAUGCGCGGGAGGAGGAGGCAGCUGCAGCUCGCCAGAGAAGAGCGCUCGGCCGUUCCAGGAGAGAGGGCCAGACAAGCAGGCGAGGAAAAAACUGUGGCAGAACUCUAAAUCAGACAAGGAGGAGUCCAGCUCUCGCGUGAGCGCAGAACAGGACCUCUUGGAGCACAAGGAGAAACUGAUACGAGAGCACAGGGAACGGCUUCUCCAAGACAGAGAGAUGAUGCUCUCGCAGAAGGAGAGACUUCUGGGGAAGAGCGAACAGAAACCAGCAGAAACCCCCGCGACCGCAGUUUCUGCCAGUCCUGCGCCCGCGAAACGGUCUCGCGAAGGCUCCGAGCUCUCAGAUAUAGCGGAAAACCGCGUCGAGACGGAAGCAUGUGUAGUGGAAGCUGGAGGAAAGGGCCAAGAAGAGGGAACUAGCCAGGCAAAGAAGAUGAAGCUCGACUCUGCAGCGCCGACCGCCGUCGCAUCUCAGCAGGGAGUGCCCGCCCAACAGUCGAGGAGACCGGGGAGCGACGAAAAGCCCACUGCCGCACAGGCGUACUGCUCGCAUAUCCUGUUGAAGUUCAGGCGGGGGAAGGAAGACGGAGUGUGGAAAGGCGCUGCUUCGAGCGCCCCCGGGAAAGACCGACAGGCACUCGUAGGGAGGGGGGGCCUGCCGGUCACGCGCACACGCUCGGAUGCCAUCAGCAGCCUCGAAAGUGUGAAGCAGAUAGUCGCAGAGGACACGAGUCAGUUUGGGGAGUUCGCAGCCGAGCUGUCGGACUGUCCUUCGAGUCGAAUGCGAGGGCUCCUCGGCUGGGUCUCCAGGGACACGCGUGGAGGGGCAUGCGGGAGCGCGGACGGCGAGAGCGGCGAUGACAAGCGCUGGUCGCUCCCCGCCGAAGUGGUUCAGGCUGCGCUGCAAAUGAAAGUCGGCGCUGUCAGUGCUGUGAUCGAGAGUGAACACGGCGCCCACCUCUUAUACAGGGUCAAGUGA